AUGGCAUCUUUUCAUUUGUUCAUCGGCAUAUUAUUAUUUUCAAAUUCCUAUCAAUUAAUAAAGUCACAACCAGAAAAUCCAACAAUAUCUACUAGUGUAUCAACAUCAAAUGCUAAUAUUACAACAGCUACACCUAUUACUACAACCAUAGAAAAUAAGACUGAUGUAGCAAACACAACAACAACAACAGUUAUAUAUCUCAGUACGACAACACGUUUGAUUGUCAGUACUACAGAAAAUGCGCCCGAUGCGACUACAAAAACAGCGAAAACUACCGUAUCAACAACAAUAACAACAACAACUUUACAGAUCUCUGCAUUGUUGAAUACAACAUCUGUAGAACAGCUAACUACAUUGAAUGUUAAUAAUGGUUCUUCUAAGACAUCUUCAUCAAGAUCGAGGUGGUGGCUUAUCACUUCUAUAAUAGUAGCAGUAGUGGUGGUAGUCAGUAUUGGGUUUAUCUAUUAUCGACGAAAGCCAACACCCUAUAGACGAUUUCUUGACACUUGGCAAUCACCUGAUGAUGAUCUAGAUAAUAUCAUUCAACUUGAAGAACCUGAUACAUUAAACAGACAAUGGCCACAGAGAAUAACUUUAGCAUAA